AUAUAUAGUUAAAUAUGCAUCAACAAUUUAUAAAUGUGCUUUUUUAAAACAAUAUCAAAUUGAAUUUUUUCCUAAUAAUUCAUUUGAAGAGUUUAAAAUUUAUAACUCAACGUUUCCUAGUGAUAGUUAUAAAGCAUUAUCGGUAAAGUAUAAUAAGCUUUUAUUUCUAAAUAAAAUUACCUUUUCUCAAAAAUAUACAUUAGAAAAUUUUACAAAUGAUCUAAAACGGUAUCAAAAAGUAGAAUUACAUGAAAACAUUUUAAAAUUCAUAGCUAUUUUUAAGCAAAGCAUAAAUGAAGUUAUAUUUGUUCACGAAUAUGCGCUUGAUGGAACUCUUCGUCAAUAUUUAAAACAAAACAUCAGUAAAAUUAAUUGGAAUGAUAAGUUACAUCUUGCAAAACAGCUUAGUAGUGCUAUAAAAUAUUUUCAUGAAAAUAACAUAGUUCAUACGAACUUGAAUUCUGAAAAAAUAUACGUUCACAAAGGAGAUAUUAAA